AUGGAAGCAGAGGAUGUGAGCGGCGGGAAGGGCAGCUGGUACGUGCUUGGGGAGCGUGCGCUGAUGGUGCCGUACAUGCGGGAGCACGUGCCGCGGUACCACGACUGGAUGCAGGACCCGGCGCUGCUGGAGGCCACCGCGUCGGAGCCCCUCUCCCUCUCGCAGGAGUUCGAGGUUCACCGCUCAUGGACCCUGGACCCCCUAAAGCACACUUUCAUAGUCUUGGACAAGGAGUUGAUAGAGGGAGAGUUCGUGCCAGGCAACCCGCAUACUGAAGCUAUGGUUGGUGAUGUGAACAUAUAUAUGAAUGACUCUGAUGAUAUGCAGAUCGCAGAGAUAGAGAUCAUGAUAGCUGAACAUAAGAGCCGUGGGAAGGGAAUCGGUCAAGAAGCAAUCUUGCUGAUGAUGGCAUUUGCUGUAGAGAAAUAUGGAAUUCACACAUUCAGGGCAAAAAUUAGUGAAUCAAAUACGGCAUCCCUUAAGCUCUUCAGAAAGUUGGGCUUCAAGGAUGCUUCAUACAGUGCGGUGUUUAAGGAGGUGACUCUGGAGGCACCUGCUGACUCACUCCCGUUGAGAUUUCCUCUAACCAUUGGAGACUGGUGA